CCCUCCCCGCCAGGGAGAGCACCCGAGGGAGGGGCCGGAGCAGGAGCCCCCCUCGUGAGUCACGCCCCGGCUGGAGGGGCUCCUCUCCCAGCGGGUCCCGGGAGAGGGCCUGGCGCAGUCCCGUCUCCUCCCGCGGACCUUCCAGCCUCGCCCCCCAUCGGCGCCACUCGCCCCUUUCGCGCUCCUCUUCCUCUUCCUCCAGGCGCAGUAGCAGCAGCCGGGGAAGGGAGGGAGGGAGAAGCGGCUGGGAGAGGAGGGGAAGCCGGGCCUCUCGCAAGGGGCGGGCCAGGGAGGCGAUGCACCCAAAGAGCCACCGGUGGAAGAGCCCCCAGGAGGUGAAGCGAAGGCGGUAUCCCAGUUCCCCGGGCCAAAAACCCCUCCCUGCAAGCCACAUGGAGAGAUCCAGCAGCAGCACCAGCAGCUUCAGGAGCAGGGGACCUCCAGGGGGGGAGGCAAGGCAGGAUCGGGGCCAAGAGCGGAACUUCCGGGAGAAGGACCGGCACUCGAGGAAGAGGGUCAGAAGUGCAGAGAGGCGGAGGGCUUCCAAGGGAAGUCAAGGAGGCUUCCCCAUCUUUCCUGGAGAGGAAGGGGGUUGGCGCAGCCCCAGCAGAGAAAGGGGGAAAGGGGGUUCCACCAGAAACCAGAGGUCCCCGGGAGGCCCUGUGUCUAAAAGGGGCUGGGGGGAUUCUCCAAGCUCCAGUCCUCAAAGCCAGCUGGGUUGGGACCAGGGAGGAAGCUGUAAGGGAAGCAUGUGUAAGGCCUGGACUGGAAGUGAAGGCCUUGAAAUGCCUCAGAGCUCCAACGAAGACCUAGAAGACUCGGAGGGUUCCACUGGUUUCCUAGAGGAAUGGGGGCUCCUGGAAGGGCAGGUGGUUACCGAGAGCCUCCAGGAAGGUGGCCCUCCAAGCCGUCCCAAGAUAUAUAUGGAGCCUGAAAAGCAUGCCGCUGCCCCAGUAACAUGGGUGCCGCGGGAGGCAGUGGUGGACUUCUGGAAUCAAUGUCAGUCUGUGAUGAAGAAGAGGGUGCAGGAUUACCUCAUGUUCACCUGCCCUAGGCCCACCUUGCCGGACCAGUCUUGUGAGAUCCCGAAACUGAACCCGAGCGUCAGGGCCUUGCUAACUCCGAAAGAGGUGAAGGUGGAGUCAGCUGCAUCCUAUUACUUGCGUUCACUCCACGAGGAGGUGCUGAACGCUGUGGCGCCCGUCAUGACCAUCUAUGAGAUGGCGGAGGAAGCCAUAGAGAAGAAAGAGGCAGUGGAUCCGCUGGAGCUGCGCGAGUGGUCCCGGCGCAUCCUCCGCUACAUGGGGAGUAUCAGCCAGAGGCUGCUGCAGCAGCGAUGCUCGCACGUCCUGGGGAGAAUCAACCCCACGCUGAAGAGCAUGACCACCAAAAUGAGCGGUUCAAGUGGGACCGGCUUGUUGUUUGCAGAGGACAAAGUGGAAUUUCUGAAGGAGAUCAUCUUGCGCUUCCCAGAGUUGGAUGGUGAGCCCAGGACCACCAGCAUGAGAAACGAUUACGCAGCCCGCAGGCGUAAAGUUGCGGAUCGAAGACCAGACUUUGUGAAGUUUGGCGCUCACCCUUGGGUUAGUGGUGCUCAGCAGGAGCGGAUCUCAGCCCACCAAUCGAAUGCAGCAGAAGCCCCGAGAGAGGAAGUCGUCAGCCUGGCACUCUGGCACCGCCGCUUUGCUCACCGAGAUUCCGAGACAAUCCUCAAGCUGCACAGGCGCCGGCUUGCGACGUGCCUUGAGGUAAAGGAAAGCGAUGCAAGCAGCGCAGCCGGGUGCGCUGUCUGUCUCAAAGUAAAAGGGCCCAGGCCCUCCUCUCCACCCGGGACCAAGAGAAGGAGCAGCGAGGUGCUGGAGUUAAUCCACACGGACGUGCAUGGGCCAAUGAGUGUGCCGUCCCUCGGGAACAACAGAUACAUCUUAAUAUUUGUGGAUGAUUUUUCGAGAUACCGUUUCAUCUUCCUCCUGAGGAAGAAGACGGAGAUACAUUACCUGCUCAAGAAGUAUGUAUCCAUUGUGAGGAAUAAAUUUAACAGGAAACCGAAGGCGUUUCAGAUAGACAAUAAGGACGAAUACUUCUGGCCCCAUAUAAAGGCCGUCCUGGAGGAAGAAGGCAUUUUGUGCGAGGAGGGUGUGGCAGACGCUCCUGAGCAGAGCAGAAUGGCCAGGUGGGGCCUGAGAUCCCUCUUGGAGAUGACCAAAUGCAUGCUUGCCGAUGCAGAGCUGCCCAACAAAUUUUGGGGCGAUGCCAUCAUGACCGCGGUACACCUCCUGAACAUAUUGCCCACUGAAGAUGCCAAGGAAACCCCCUUUGAACUGUGGAAUGGCUGUGUGCCCAAUUUAAAUCGCAUUCGAGUCUUCGGGAGCCUGGCUCAUGCCUACGUACCAUUAUUGGAAAGGUCCCACCUGGACCCUAAAAGGGAAGAGACAAUUUUGCUGGGGUUUACCUCUCGCCUGAAUUGUUACAAAGUAAUGAACUUAAGAACCGGGGAAGUCAGCACAAGAACGGUCGAUUUUAUUGACGAGGAGAAGAAAGUUGACAAGAAGGGGACUGUCUUGGAGGCCUCCGGAGAGGAGGAACACGAUAUAGAUUGUCUCUUUCCUCCAGCUGACAAAGCUGGAAAAUUGGCCUGUGUUGUGCCCGUGGAAGACUCAGACUUUCUGGAAUUGCGAGGGGGGAUUUCCCCUCCCAAAUGAACAUGACUGGCCUCCGCUCUUGCCCCCAACAACAGACAAGUAGUCCCAGAGUGGCUUCUGGGGAGGCCUUUUAUCCAAGGGCAGCCAGGGGGAGAUCCUUUAUGGAGUUCUUAUCAAAAGGUUCUUGGCCUUGCAAGCACCGUGCAUGUUGUUCUUUCGGUUACUGGGGUGCUCCUGUCUGACCAGUGUCAUUUUUGUAUAUUGGAGAAGCCGGAGGAGAACCUGUUGGAAACAACAAAGACAUCUUAUUUUGGGGGUGGUGUUGUUGUUCCAUCGUCCACCUCAUUUUCUCCCCGAGACAACGUCUCCUGCCUCCAGGGACCUUUUGAUCUCCAACGAUGGCUCUUUGGGCAAGGAUGGUCUACCCAUUUCCUCCCGACACCCAUGAGCCGGUGGCUUAAGGAGGCCCGCGAAGUGCUGUCGUUUAAAGGACAUUUGGCAGGACGGGAAGCCCAGCGUAUUUGUGAACCGACCUCCUUUCUCCGUCCCCUUCGGCUCUCCCUGCUCACCACUUCAUCUUUUGUUUCGUAGCGGCCGUUCAAUAAAGGUUGUUUAGGUGUUAUUAUC